CUAUUUUCGGCCAAGAGUUGGGGAUUGGAGUUGACCAAUUCACCGGUUGAAGCUGAGGCUGGCCCAGGAAGCACUCAUAUGCUCUCCACAUCCAUCUUGCUUGCAUGCGGAGGAUGCAAUGCAGAUGGAUGACUGCUACGGUACUGAGCGGCACUUGCAUUUCUUUUCACCGCGAAUUUUUCUCUCUCUUUGCAUUUCACUGGAUUGCUUUCCUCUCUUUUUCAUUUUCCAAAUGGCCAUUCGCUGUCCACUUUUGUUUGCUCAACCUCACCGCUGCUCUACUACCUCCGGACUACUCUGCUCGUGUGCCUCUUCGCCUUCCUAAACACUGCAAGUUGCAGAGAAAAUCGAGAACAUCAAAAUUGAUGAUCCGCAAUUGUCUCCGAAGAGGGCAAGUCGUUUAUGCUCCGUGAUCGGGAGAGGCCGUUUGAUUGAAUUGCGGAGAACAAAGUAAACCAAUCCGCUACUUUCAUGUCCGCUUUUCAAUAGAGCCUCGGCAUAGACUCGAGCUUACCAGUUGAAAUCAUCCAAUCCCGGUAUUUGGAGUGACGAAAGAGUAUUUAGGCAUUCUCCAGUAUUUCGUACUCUGUAUUGAGAACGAAGCGGAUCUUAUCAAAGUUAUGGUGGCCGUGGAGGAGGUAUGCGGACUUUAGAGCCCUCCAAUCAAGCGGCGACG